AUGUUACCUAGAAUAUUAAAGACUCAAUUCAACUUUAAUGCAAGAGUCUCUACUAGACUCUUGUCAAGCAAGACUGGCCCUAAGAUAUAUAACUUUAAAGAGAUCAAACAGAUCGUUGAAAAUCCUGAUCAAAAUACUGGUAGAGUAUUAGUUGAUGUGAGGGAAUCGAAUGAGUUGAGUUCUUAUAGACUGCCAAACUCUAUUAACGUUCCAUACAACAGUUUCCCAAAUGCCUUUGGUUUCACUAGGGAUCAAUUUCAAGAACAGUUUAAAAUAACUAAACCAGAAGAUGGUAAAGAGUUGGUAUUCUUCUGUGCCAAAGGUAUCAGAGCAUCCAAUGCUGAGAAGCUUGCCAGGAGCUUUGGUUAUGAAAACACAGCUGUAUAUCCUGGUUCCAUUACAGAUUGGUUGGCUAAGGGUGGUGCUGAUGUCAAACCUAAGAAGAAAAAUUCGAAGAUGUUUAUCGAUACAUGUUGA